UUCUCUCAAGGUCUUUGAUGCUACCAAAAGGCCAGCAGGUGGUCAGGAAUGUUGUUCACACCAUCUCCCCAUUCCCUUACCCAGAGGGACUUAGGCUCCGGUGACAGUGGAGCCCAAAUUUGUUCUGCUUACAGCAGCUAUCUGCCACGAAGUUCUCUUUCAAAUAUGCAGCCGUUUCUUCCCGUACCCCUUUCUGUUUGGGCUUGGAACGAGUUUAUUCUGUAAGCUGCAUUCCACAACCGAACACAUCAGGGUCGAGACAUGCCUUGGCCCUUCUCAUUCCUGUCUUGCAGACUCAGAAAUGGCCCUUUUUAUUUGGAAAUGAGUUUAAAGCAAAACUUUCCGUAGCUGUCCGGUGGCUGGAAGUAUUGUCUGCUGCUGCUGGGUGGCCAAAGCAUCAGAAGAUCAUGCCUUAGCCUCACUCUGUGCGGAAAGGAAAAGGGGGCGGAGAGGAGAGAGACAAGGAAGGGGCGGGGGUCAUUGAGUCCUCCACACCGCGGAGGCUGCGAGCGAGCAUCGCUAGGUGUCUUGGAGUUCAGGGCACAUUUGGGCAAGCAGGUCCUGCGGCGCAGAGAGAACAUAGGAAGUCCUGAGCAGCGGAGCCUGAGGUUGCAGCUGAGCGAGGCUGGGUGCGCCAUGGCAAGCGGGGCGCAGAGCUCUUCUACUCCGGACACAGCCACUCGGUGGCCCACGAUGCCAAGAUGUCUGCACUUUGAGACGACACAGUGGUGACGGAGAGAUGACCUGAGGCGACUUCUUCUAUCUCCACAACAAUGUCCAUGAACAGUUCCAAACAGCCAGUGUUUCCUGCAGCUGGACUAAUCGCCAACACAACCUGCCAAACUCAAAACCGACUUUCAGUAUUUUUUUCAAUAAUCUUCAUGACAGUGGGAAUCUUAUCUAACAGCCUGGCCAUUGCCAUUCUCAUGAAGGCGUAUCAGAGAUUUAGACAGAAGUCGAAGGCCUCCUUUCUGCUCCUGGCUAGUGGCCUUGUGAUCACAGACUUCUUCGGCCACCUCAUCAAUGGGGGGAUAGCUGUCUUCGUAUAUGCUUCUGAUAAGGACUGGAUCCGCUUCGAUCAGUCAAACAUCCUCUGCAGUGUUUUUGGGAUCUCCAUGGUGUUUUCCGGUCUGUGCCCACUUUUCCUAGGCAGUGUGAUGGCCAUCGAACGGUGUAUUGGAGUCACCAAUCCUAUAUUCCAUUCUACGAAAAUCACAUCGAAACACGUGAAAAUGAUACUGGGUGGCGUGUGCAUGUUUGCCGUCUUCGUGGCUUUGUUACCCAUCCUUGGACACAGAGACUAUCAAAUCCAAGCAUCCAGAACCUGGUGUUUCUACAACACUGAGCACAUUGAAGACUGGGAGGACAGGUUUUAUCUCUUGUUCUUUUCUUUUCUGGGCCUCUUAGCUCUUGGUGUGUCAUUCUUGUGCAACGCAAUCACAGGAGUUACACUCCUAAGGGUGAAGUUUAAAAGUCAACAGCAUAGGCAAGGCAGAUCUCAUCACUUCGAGAUGGUCAUUCAGCUCCUGGCCAUAAUGUGUGUCUCCUGCAUCUGCUGGAGCCCCUUCCUGGUAACAAUGGCCAACAUUGCAAUAAAUGGAAACAAUUCCCCAGUGACCUGUGAAACGACACUCUUUGCUCUCCGGAUGGCAACGUGGAAUCAGAUCUUAGACCCCUGGGUCUAUAUUCUGCUGCGGAAGGCCGUCCUUAAGAACCUGUAUAAGCUUGCCAGUCAUUGCUGCGGGGUGCACAUCAUCAGUUUGCACAUCUGGGAGCUCAGCUCCAUCAAGAAUUCCUUAAAGGUCGCUGCUAUUUCUGAGUCUCCAGCGGCAGAGAAGGAGAGUCAGCAAGCAUCUAGUGAAGCAGGACUGUAGGUCGAUGCAGUGCUGGAAGGAAAUCGGGGUGGGGGGAGUUUUGGAAACAUCUCAGUCGAUCCGAUCGAUAGCCUAACUGGAAAAUUUGGACUGCGGUGUAUGGAUCGGGAGUACACUGGAGGGACGCAGCUUCUGGAUUUGUUGUACUGGCUGCUGCAUGGUUGUGCAUUUUCACUUGUUUUUGUCAACAGGAGGUAGACAGUUACAAUGCGGUGGAGUUGAGUGGAAUGCAACUUUUGAGUUUAGUUGUGUGACUUGUGUUUUUGGAAUAAGUGAAUCUGUUGAAGCCCGAUGCCAAUGAACUUUACCUAUUUUCCAAGAUACCUUAAUGCUACCUAUACCAUAAAUUGGUCAUUUCAUUGACUUAUAGGCUAGGCUCAAAAUGACAAAAGACUCAGUUGUUUGUGUGUGUGGUUCUUGUCGGUUUACCAGUCCACAUGCCCUUGGUUAAUGUCUGCGUGACCAUGACAAGUGGGGUGCACAGUGGCUUGUGAAGACCGCUACAUCUGCUGGGUCAGCCUGACCCAGUGAGGCUGGUGAGCAUGGCCGUUUUUGUCACAACUGACACGUGUCCUUGCUUGCGCUGGUUUUUUAUGAAGGCCAAUUAUUGUUUGAAGAAUUUUUUUUCUAUAAAGUAAUUGAUUAUCAGUGUUUAAGUGAUCUUCUUUUCCUCUGAAAAUUGUAGAGAAGCAUAGGCUUGAUCUUAGCUCAGAUUCAGCUCCUGGUAGCACACCCACUAAGCCUCAUCGUGGGCUCUGUACACCAUCUAGAUCCCAGUGGUACAUGCCGAACACAGGGCAAAUAUUGCUUUAUCUGAGAUGUCAUUUCCGUGUCAGAGAAUAAAAGAAAACCAAUCAAACAAAGUCUGUCUGCAGCUAGUGUGUUUCUGCUUUACAAACACAGGCAUAGGGAGUUCUGCUGACAGCAGUUUCACCGAAUCUGCUGGACCACAUUUUCAAAGGCCCGUGAUAUCCGUGUUGGAGGGGAAGGAUCUGAGAUUAGGCUGAGUUGGAGACCUAUUGUUAUAGUUAAACAGAGACCAAGGGACAAGACUCUGUCCCCAAGUUUCCCAGUCAUAAUUCACACUUCUUUGUUUGUUUGUGGAAUUCAACAGAAAGAGUUUUGGUUUUGGUAGUCAUCCGGAGCAUUGUAGUGACUAGGGUUAGUGGUUAUGUUUGACAAAGAAAUGCAUUUUUAUAUUUAAAAAGUCCUUGCUUUCAUCAAGUUUGGCUGUUUUUAAAAAUACAACUUCCCCCCUCCUUUGCUAUGUGUAUGGGUGUUUUGCUUGAAUGCCUUUCUGGGCAUCAUGUAUCUUUCCGGUGCCUAUUGAGACCAGAAAAGGGCAUCCGAGCCCUUGGGACUGGAGUUCCAGAUGGUUGUAAGCUACCAUGGGGGUGCUGGGAAUUGAACCCAGGUUCUCGGGAAGAGCAGCCAGUGCUCUUAACCGCUAAGCUGUUCCUCCAGCCUCUAAAACUUGCUUUUAUCUGUAAACAUGAUUUCGGAUUCUAGAAAUUCUGAGAAUUUAAUAAAACUAAAUUA